GACAGCUUUAUAACACUAUCUGUGAUUAUCAAUUCAAAUGAGCGCAUCCGGAAUGAACAAGAGCGAAAUCUUCUCUAAUUCGUGCAUUAAUGAUCUGUAAUGUGACCGAGGUGUUGUGGUUUUUAUUCCUUGUUUGUAAGUUGUGGAGUAAUGUUGUUGCUGAUAGAAAACAGUUGAACUGCGCAGGGAGUUCAGCUCAGUCGAAGCAGAGCAAGCAGAGAGGGCAGAAAGCGGAGGAAUCGCUAUCGGUUUUAUUAUGCUCAGUUUGGUCAGUAUUUGUAAAUCUAACCGGUCGGACUCAUGGUGAAAAGGAAGAAGACGUCGCCCGGCACAGAAGAGCAUGAAAAUGGCAUGACACCGGGCUCCAGGGAGGGGAUCGGUGUCGAUGGGAGGAGGAAUCCGUCCAGAAAGCCCGAAGGUUGCGACGAGGAGGAGAGCGGAGAGCAGGCGAGCGAGGAGCGCAGUACAAAGGGAGACGACGGAGUGGAGAUCCUUAAUCCAUCAGCCACGGCUCUCAGCCCCGGUUCAGCUCCGGUCCUCCCCGCCUCUCCGCCGAACCGAGCCGUUCUGGGCUCGACCCAGCAUCCCCAGACCUCCGCGGAGCCCGCCCCUCAGUGUCAGGACCAGCAUCAUUUUCUGCGAUCCAGCGUCCGACCUCCGAGCAAACGGAUCCGGAAGGAUUCAAUCGGCUCGGCCAUCAAUGGACAUGGCGGGGCGAAAUCGAAAGGAGCAGAGAACGGCUCCUCCUCUCAGGGGACGCUUGGACAGUCGGGGCCGGUGGUCGGCUCCACAGGAGGAGUGUCCAAGACAUUGAAGGGCCAGGGGUCGGCUGAGAAGGAGGAACAAUCUGGAAACCAGAAGAGAGCCCGUCGUCAGUGGGAGUCCUGGAGCGCUGAGGACAAAAACAGCUUUUUUGAGGGUCUCUACGAGCACGGGAAGGAUUUUGAGGCCAUCCAGAACAACAUCGCGAUGAAGUACAAGAAAAGAGGCAAACCGGCCAACAUGGUGAAGAACAAGGAGCAGGUCCGACACUUCUACUACCGCACCUGGCACAAGAUCUCCAAACACAUCGACUUCUCCAGCGUGUACUCCAGAGCUCUGAAGAAAUCCUCCCAAGAACUCUACGGCCUCAUCUGCUACGCCGAGCUCCGCAAAAAAGUUGGAGGAUUAAUGGAUGAUAAGAACGUGGCCAAGCUCAACGAACUCAUUCAGCAAGGGGCCACCACCGUACGCUCCAAGGGGAGGAACCUGCGGAUCAAGGCGCCGAUGUGCCGCGCGCUGAAGAAACUUUGUGACCCAGAUGGAGUGAGUGACGAGGAGGACCAGAAGCCGGUGCGUCUCCCCCUGAAAGUGGCCGUGGAGCUCCAGCCACGCAGCAACCGCUCCUGGGCCCGAGUUCAGAGCCUCGCACACAACCCUCGCCUCAGGAUGGUGGUGGAGCUCCACAGGAAAGUCUCGAGUCUCAUCGAGUAUCUGAAGCAGAAGUGGGCGUACCACGACCAGCGGAUUCUGAAGAGUCUCAUGGAGAGAGAGGCCCGAGGCGGCCCGUCCAGCACGACGUCUCCCAGUAAAUCCCAGCAGGAGGAGCUCUUUCUUUUCCCCGCUGAGAGCAGCACUUUGACCACGCUGCCCGGAGUGGCUCGUGUGGUUCACUCCAAGGCGUCCUGCACUGUGCACUGGCUGGAGAGCGGCAAGAACCGACCAAAUGCCAAGGAACUGCCAGCUGUUCAGAUUCUGGGUAUUCGGACUGGCACCAAAGCUGGACGAGGAGGCCCUGGUGCCUCUGCUCCUAGUGGAGCUCCAGGGACUGUGUUAGGUGAAAGUCGGCGUCCUGAGCCUCUUAACUCUGAGCCUUCUCAAGACAGUUCUCCAAAAGUAGAGGAGAAGCGACCCCCGUCUGUUUCUCUCCCUGCUACCUCUCAGCCCACAGUGGCUCCCAGUGAAGAGGGCACCGGUUUAGGGGCCUUUGAAGGGGGACGGACAUGUACUGAUGUGGAGUCCAGUGGGAGUUUAACCACAGCAAAGAGCAUGAAGAAUUUAUGUAGUGGUGCAGAGGUUUCAUCAGAUCAGUGCACAGAGGAGCAGAACAUCAGCACGUCGUCCUCCCCAGAGGCCAACCAGACUCCUCCGGCCAAACCUCCCACAAGUGGAGGUUUAGAGGAGGGGAUGUCACAGAGCUCUGCACCCCUCGCCAAGGAACGGGCCGUGGAGCAGAUCAGAGAAGAGGGCUGGAGCGCCCGCGAUGCAGAGAACGUCACCCUGGCUGAGCUCUACUUGAUGUUGGGGAAGCCUGGGAAGCUGCAGCUGGAGUACGAGUGGCAGCCGGCUCUCGUCCAUGCAAACAACCAGGAGGACGGGCAGACCUCGGCACAGCCCAGACCACAUCGGACAAACCGGGUUCUGCGCUGCCUGCUCAAACUGGUUUCUACUGAGGUCAACCCUAAGCCUUUGGCUCCAGAGCUCUGCUCCACAGCCACGUCCCCUCUGAAGACCCCUCUGGAGGAGCAGAACCAGGCCCUCACGCCUCCAGGGAAGGGUCCCAUAGCCGGGGUCCGCAGCCCCAACUGUGGGCGACAGCAGGCGUCUGUCCGAGGGGCGCGGCUACACCUGCCCAACGCCGCAGCAUCAGGUGGACGCUGCCUCCCUCGCUCUCUGCUGGGCUCGACAGCGGGAAGUGACUCUGAGGGCGGUGUGUUCGCAGUCCCCACCACGCUGCCGCCCAACAGCUCACGGCACAACCGAAUGUUUUCCCCCAACAAGGAGGCUGAGCUCGCCUUCAGACAGCAGCUCGACUCCAUCAGUAUGCAGUCAGAUCUUUUCCUCUCCAGACAAAAAAAACCUAGAAACAGACAACUCCGGAAACCGCUCGUAGUUCAAAGAACACUCCUACCCCGGACUACAGGAGAUACUCCUCAACACGUCUGUUCCUUCUCCAUCCUCUCCAACUCCUCAGCCACAGGAACUGGAUCCUUCCGGCCGAUCCACACUCGCCUGGCUCCUCCCACUCGCCCCCUCCCGUCUAAAACUUCCUCUGCUGUGACCGGCUCCGCAGCAGCCAGCCAGCUCUCCAGUGCCAUUGACCUUGCAGCCAAGUCUGCAGGAAUCAUCCCCGCCAGUCCCCGCCGGGAGCCGGACUCUCCCUCUGUUGACGACGGCGACCUGCUCCCCUCCACGCCCAUCACUGAAGCUGAACCAGACUCUCAACUCCCCGAGCACGGCGUCCCCGAGAACGGUGUUCCUCCUCCGUCUCCUGGAGUGACUGGAGGUGGGGACUCUCUCCUCUCUCCGCCGAGCGUCGCCUCCCUCCUCGACAUCUCGCUCCCGGGGCCCCCUGAGGAGGCUCUGGCCCCGGGGGGACCUCAGACACACAUCAGUGACUCGAUUAUCGAGCUCGCCAUCAACUCUGCUCACUACGGUGAGGAGGCUGCGCUCUCUCCGGCCAAGCUGAGCAACAACGACGGCUCCAAACUUCUGUCCUCGUCUCCCUCGGUCAGCCCGUCCAGAGGCUGGAUCCCCUCGCCAAGCCACGACCCCCAGUGGUACCCCAGCGACUCCUCCGACUCCACGCUGGGCUGCCUCCUCUCCAGCAUGGUCUCCCCUGAUAAGAGCAGGCGGACCACCCUCACCCCCUCUGGCCCCUCCAGUGGCACGGCUCUGCUCGGUCCUAGCCUUCUGGACUGCAACUCCCAUGAUUCCUUUCAGUCCCGUGGCCUUCCUGAUGUGGCAGAAAUGGACUCUCAGCUUGCCUGUAUGAUGAGUGAGAGCAGCGUCGACUACAUCGCCCGCUUCAACGACCUGGCUCAGGAGCUGGCUGUGACGGAGCCCUCCCUCCCCCCGCCCUGAGGAGGAGACGACCCGGCUGAUUGACCCGAGGAGAGGUCUGCCCCACGCUGUGCCUCCUUCCCCCAGAGAGAGGAGGACUGUGGAGGAACUCAAAGCCCCCCUAAAGCCAUCCCUGCCCCGUUUGUUAAAGUGCAAUAAUAAUGUUGAACCUUGAUAAUCGUUCAAGGAGAGUUUGAAACAAGUUUGUUUCUGUGAACUGUUUCUCCAAGGUGAGACGCCCUUUAAAAGACUUCAAAACACUUUAGAAAAAUAACUGCGUUUACAAAACACAACCUCAUGUUAAGGAAAUACUAUGCCAUAUCUGAACAAAAUGUUUUCACUGAUCUCGUAUGUCCUGCUCUCUGUGUGUGUGUGUGUGUGUGUGUGUGUGUGUGUGUG